AGUCUCUGUGGCUCAAGCCUUGAUAUUGCUGCUCUGGCCACCCGCCCUUUGGCCACCCGCCCUACUACCCCCCAAUGAAGAUGGCCGUCGCCCUCCUGCUGCUGUCCCUGGCGGCCGCCCCAGUGGCCACCGGCAGCCCGGUGUCGAAGGUGAUCGAGAUGCUGUCCGACCUGCAGGCCAAGGUGGUCGCGGAAGGGGAGGAAUCCCAUUCGGUCUUCGCCACCUUCUCGGAGUGGUGCGAGGACGAGGCUCGCCAGCUUGGAUUCCAGAUCAAGACUUCGCAGGGGGAGGUCGCCAGUCUGAAGGCGACUAUCGAGAAGGAGGCGUCCAGCAUCGCGGCCUACGAGACCAAGAUCGAGGAGCUCGCCGCCGAGCUGGCCCUGGACGAGGCCGACCUGAAGGCCGCUAGCGAGAUUCGUGCGAAGGAGCAGAACGACUUCGCCGCUUCGGAUAAGGAGCUGGUGGAGGUCAUCGACACGCUCAAGAGGGCGACCGCCAUUCUGACGAGAGAGAUGGCCAAGAUCGGCUCCGCGUCCAUGCUCCAGCUGCAGAGCGCGAAGUCUCUGGAGCAGGCGCUCUCCGCGAUGGUGCAGGCCUCCAUGAUCAGCUCCACCGACGCCAGCAAGCUGUCCUCGCUGGCGCAGACCAUGCAGCAGUCGGACGCGGAGGACAGCGACGCGGGCGCUCCGGACGCGGCCGUGUACCAGGGCCACGCCGACGGCAUGGGCCGCGAGGCGGACGGAGGCAUCAUCUCGGUCCUCGAGGACCUGACCUCGAAGGCGGAGGCGCAGCUGGACGGGCUGCGGAAGGCGGAGACGUCGUCCCUCCAGAACUUCCAGGUGCUGGCCCAGAACCUGAAGGACGAGAUCAAGAACGGCAACGCGGACCUCGCCGAGGCGAAGAAGGGCAUGAGCGCCAGCGGCAGCUCGAAGGCGGAGGCCGAGGGCGACCUGGCAGCCACCUCGAAGGACCUCGCCAGCGAUGAGGACACCAAGGCGGGCCUGCACGCGAACUGCAUGGAGAAGGCAGAGACUUUUGAGGCCGAGCAGAAGAGCCGCGGCGAGGAUCAGGGGCAACGUUGGGGGGGAGAUAAGUAGGCUCAGGCGGGAAAGUAUCGACCCCCAAUCGCUCAUGCAUCGCCGAUGGGGGCCCGAUAGUCCACCCCGCUCAGGAACGUCCGGAUGCACUAUCGGGGGCCCAUUACCGAUCUAUCGACGAUGCAUCGUCGAUUUCGGCUCGAUGAUUACCCCCGCCCCUAAGUCGGUCCCCCAGACAUCUUCCGUCUGGAUUUUUUGACACCGUGUCUCCCCAGAGAUUCUGGCCCCUUCCCGGGACCGGCUUUUCACCCCGGGUCGUUCUUGGAUGGUCCUUGCGCCCGGUGAGGAACCCUGGAGGCCGAAAACUAGGCACAAAUUCUCCGUCGUGUUUGUUACUCAUCCUUCCACAACGAGAGGAUGUCAGGGACCGUCCCCUCCCAACGU